AUGCCUACCACCACGGCCAACCUGCAGCAGAUGCAGUAUCAGCAGAACAUGCUUCAACGUGGCACCCCUCCCAACUUCUUUCCUCCCAUGCAGGCCGGCUUCAGCCCUAGCCCGUCAAUGGACCACUACAGGAACCAAAACAUGCCCAAUGGAAGCCCGAUCCAGCCGGCUGCGACUCAGGCCCCCCCCGGCAUGGGCCCUGCGCCAGGCUACGGAGCCCCUGGCUAUGGCAUGAGCAUGGGCAUGCCUGGCGGAUACGGUUACAAUGGAAACAUGGGCGGUAUGCAGAACCUCAACGGCAUGCAGAACAUGGGCUACAUGCAGCAGGAACAGGUCAAUGGCAGACGUGGUCGAGUAGGUCGUUCCCACCCAGGGCAUCCUCGCUAG